AUCAGAGGGGCCCGAGGCGCAGAAGGUGCGGCGGACAGGGAGGGCAGUGAGGAGGGUGUUGGCAUGUCGGUUCGUGACAAUGAAACGCCGAGAGGAUCGCUCGGAUGGCACCAGGGAGGCAGAGUGAUGGAUGGAUGCAAGCGUGUUCCCGCUGAUGAUGGGUCACGAUGCGGCCCAGGUAUCGAUACCCCUGCCAAUCCCACGCGCCCUGAGAUCAGAGACAGCAGCUACAGAGAUGUGUACAUAGUGUGUAUGUCUGGGCUGGGCUGGUUCCGGGAGAUCAUGCACGCAUUCCGCGGUGGGCAGGCGAGCAACCAAAGGGAGGCGGGUGGGCAUGGCGUCAAGCCGGUAGAGAAGGGCAGCGUGCGGCGGGGUGGAAUGGGAAUGGGAAUGGGAGCAACGUGUGCGGUGCAUUGCAUCGCGCGCGAAACCCAAAGAGACGGUAUGAUACGCGCGAGUCGCGCGGCGGGCGUGGGUGGAGCGUGGCCCGAGCUGGGAAAUUUUCCAUCAACGGAAAACCCUGGAUGGCGUGUCCGUGCACGUGAUUCUAGGUUCGCAGGUUUGCCGUCCGCCGCCCGUGUCUUGUCGCAUAGCCAUGACGGACGGGCGUGCUACAUGCUACACGUAUAUGGACGUAUGUACAUGCAGACAGAUGCAGGAGUAGAGUCAAGUAGAGUGGUGUGGAGGGUUUACAGUUCAGCGUCUGAUGCGGUCCAGCGCCAAACGGCAAGGCGGAGGGCGAGACAGGCGAUGGCGGUAUCGAGUGGACAUAUAUUGGGGGCGGACGAGAAUGAAGGCGAGAGCGAGGGUAUGGGUGAGGGCAGUGCCAAUGCCGUGGGCGUGAGCGAGCGGCGAUGA